AUAAGAUGAAUGCUCCUAAAUGCAAAGAGAAAAACCAUUUCGAUAGAGAAAUAACUUUAUUUUGUCUGCAUCCUCGAUGCUAAUAAAAGUGGGGAUGCCAAAAGUGUUUAAGUUCUCAUCAUAAAUCUCACACUGAAUGUUGCAUCAGUGUUAGCGAAUUAGAAGACACUGUAGUAUCAGCUAAAAAGAAAAUAAGAGAGAUUGUGGAAAUGAAGUUUUCCGAUGCAAUUAUUUAAUUAGACGAGGCAUCAAAGUUGCUGGUUAAGAAAAUAAGAGAUGUUAUCAACUCUGUACAACGAGCCUCAGAUGUAAUCCAGGAUUAAAUAUUCAAAGAAUUGGAGUUGUUUGAUUAUUUAAUCGAUGGAUUUUAGAGCUAAUCAUUCACAACCUCAUUGUCAAAUGAACAUUUGGAUAGAGUGAUAUAACUUAUGAUGCCUGAAAAGUUACAAUAGAUGGCAGAUCAUAAGCAAAGCCAAAUCAAUCAGUUGCUUUAGUAUUCCAAAUCAGUGCUUGAACAAGCCUCCAAAUUUACCAUAUACCCACUUGAUGAAAUAGCCUUGGGAAUUAAAUUAAAAGAAUUUCAAGAAGGAGAGUAUACAUUGGCUGUAAAGGAAUACAAUUAAAAUAAUAUCGGGAUCUGUUACUUGUUAACCAAUGGACGCUUAAAUAAGAUAGGCCAAUACGACAAUGGACUUAGAUCUGGCAUGUGGUCAGAAGUUCUCUACUAUAAUCAUAACCGGGAUUUUAGUAUGUAAGUCACUCGCAUAAUAUAAAAGAACAUUUCGAGGAUAGUAUCAUUAAGGUCUAAGAGUCAAUCAUUGGUUUUAUUACAAUCAGGAUUAAUCAGUCAUCGGAGGAGGUCAAUUUGAAGGCGGAUAGAAGAUUGGAUUGUGGGUUGAGCCUGAAGUAUUUAUAGGCAAGUGGGGAAGGAUGUAUAAUUGAAAAUUAAUUAGUAUUGUUAUUCAUAAAGGAGAGUAUGUGAAUGGAGUAAGACACGGUGAAUGGGCUACGAUCUUUGGAAAUAGAGGAUAGGUGUAAGUAUGAUACUAAAUAUUAGAGGAGGCGGAGCAUAUUUGCAAGGUUUAAAGCACGGUCUUUGGACAGAUGUUGAAGGCUAUGCUGGCUUCUGGUGUUCAAUGGGAAUUUUAAACUAGGGUGAAUAUGUUAAUGGCGUAAAAGUCGGUCUGUGGUUGAUAUCCGAGUUGAAUUCUGGGUAGAUGUAAGGUUUUUUCAAUUAAAAAGGAAGUGGUGGAGGAAAUUACUCUUAGAUUGGUUUAAAAGAAGGUUUGUGGACAGAAGUUGAAGUUCAUGUUGGGGUUGGAUCUUCUAUGUAUUUGAUACUAUAAUUAGAAUUUUAUUGCAUGUCGGAGAUUAUAAGGCAGGAUUAAGAUAAGGGAAUUGGAAAGUGCUGGAUAUCUGUAGAAAUUAGAUUGGAGGAGGUUUGUGCAAAGGAUACAAGAAAGGAGUUUGGACUGAAGUAGAAAUUUGUAUUGGGUGGCGCAGUUCAUAGUAAUUAAAUGGAUUUAUAGUUUUAGGAUUUUAUUACACAAAGGAGAAUAUAAAAAGGGACAGAAGAUUGGAAUCUGGAACAUUUACAAAGAGGGAUCUGAUACUAUUAUAGGUGGAGGGAACUACAUUUAAGAUUAGAAAGAUGGGAAAUGGACAGAUAUUGAAAUCUAUUGUGGCUAUUAUAGUACAAAGUAUUAAUGAACAUUUGAUUUUAGAACUUUAAUAUACACUGGAGAUUAUAAUCUUGAUAAAAGGAUAGGUAAAUGGGUGAUAUCAGAGUAAUAAGAAGGAGUAAUGUAUAAUAAAAUAAAUAUCAUUUAAUAAGUGGGGGAGGAUUAUAUUCUCGAUCUGGUGAGAAGGAAUCUGAUUGGGUUGAAGUAGAAAUGCAAGUUGGAUGGAGAUGUUUUGUGUAAGCAUAUAAAAUAUGGAAAAGGAUUAUCAUUUCAGAGGGUGAAUACUGUAGUGGUAAGAGAUCAGGAUUAUGGAUUACUAAAUUGUAUAAAGGGAAUUAAUUAGGAGGAGGAUGCUAUAAUAAGUAUGGAUUUAAAGAGGGUGGAUGGAAGGAAGUAGAAGUGCAUGUUGGAGUUGGAAAAUACUUGUAAAAUCUAUUAUUUACUUUAGGACCCUAUAUCACAUAGGCGAGUAUAGGAGUGGAAUCAGAACAGGCAAUUGGGUGGUUUAAAAUGAGCAGAGGGAAGUUGUGUAAUUAAUGUUCGUUUAAUUAAGUUCUUCUGGUUUCUAUACAAAAUCAGGAAGUAAGGAUGGUGAAUGGGUAGAAAUUUCAGCUCAUGACGGGAUUGAGGAUACCAUUACCUUAUUGCAUAUAGGAGAAUACAACCACGGAGUUAGGGUUGGUAGAUGGAAUAUUGAGAAAGCAAAUAAGGAGUUAAUGUAAUUAUUUUUGAUAAAUUUAAAGUGGAGGAGGCAACUAUUCAUUGAGUGGAAUUAAGGAAGGCUAAUGGUAAGAGGUGAUAUGUUACAUUGGCUAUAACUCAGAAGUAGUUCUUUAAUACAAUGGAUUAUAUUCGAAUGGGGUAAGAUAAGGAAAAUGGGCCAUCACAAAAGUAGGUGGAGAAUUUAUGUAACGAUAUUAAUAAAUAUAAAGUGGGGGAGGAUAAUAUAGUGAUUUUGGAACUAAGAUGGGUAAAUGGAUUGAUGUGGAUGUAAGAGUGGGAGGAGGUUGCUCAAUGUAAUUUUUAUUGUAAAAAAAGAAUUCUUAAAUAUUUUGGAAAUUAUGAUGAUGGUAUAAGAACAGGAGAAUGGCAGAUUACUCAACAUGGAUCCAGCACAAUUAAGUAAAUAUGAAUAGUGAAUUUUAGUGGUGGGGGUAGAUACACUUCAAAAGGAAUAAAGGUUGAUGGGUGGAUAGAAAUAGUGCCACAUAUUGGAUAUUGCAAUCUAAUGUAUUACUCAGGUCUCUAUUAUUUAUAGAAUAUUGAAAUAUAUAGGGGAAUACAAAAAUAAUACUAGAGUAGGUUCAUGGUCUAUUAUGCAUUAAGAAGAGAUGUAUUUAGAAAUUAUAUGACUAAAGUGGCGGUGGGUCUUAUUUGGUUAAUGGGAUGAAAAAUGGUAAAUGGAUUGAAGUGUUUCAGUAAUACUUUGACAGUUUAACCAUAAUGACUGGGGAAUAUGUGAAUGGAAAUAAAUUGUAAGAUUGGGAAUACGUUGAUAAAUUAUUAAAAGAUUUGUGA